CAUUGGCUGUUGGUGGCUGGGGUCAAACGAUAUUGCGCAUGCUCCGAUGGCCUUUUUCGGUUAGCGAUUGAAAUCAGUCAGAUCAGCGGAGUGUACAGUUCCUUAACACCUUAAAGUAUUUCCAAGUACUUUCUUCCCCUAGUCAGCGCUAGAGACUCAACUCUAGCUUGAGGUGUCAUCAGAUUUAGAUUCUAACUUUUCGACGUCUGUAGCCGAAGGAAACAGCAAAGAAUGACGAGCAGUAUAAAGCGGAAAGAAGAAAGUCAUCUGCUGAAUGGGGGUGUAAAACUGUCCACAUGGAGCAAAGCCUUCAACAGUAAUGCUGUUUGGGAAGAGAAGGAUGAGUUUUUAGAUGUGAUUUACUGGCUUCGGCAAAUUAUUGCAGUAAUCCUUGGUGUGAUAUGGGGUGUUGCACCAUUGAAAGGAUUCCUGGGAAUAGCCAUAUUCUGCAUCAUCAACGCUGGCGUCCUGUAUGUGUACUUCAGCAGCUUUCAGCAGAUUGAUGAGGAAGAGUAUGGUGGCACGUGGGAACUCACCAAAGAAGGCUUCAUGACAUCUUUUGCUCUGUUUCUGGUGGUGUGGAUAAUCUUUUACACAGCUCUACAUUAUGACUGAGAGGAAUCCUUAGGACACUAAAUACAAACAUUUCUGUUGAAGUAAAUUGUCAAGACAAAGGAACUCCAUGGCUUGAGGGGUGUCUACACUCCUACAUACAGUAUGACUUUUCAGUGUGCAGUACAUCAUGGGAAUCCUAGUUCGAUUAACAAGAUCCUGCAAGACCACCGUGAUGAACAUGUUCAAAUACUGUACAUCUCUCUAAUUUGGGGGGGUUCCUUUUUGAGGCACCCUCCAUUACACUCCCCGUAUGUUAUAUUUCCUUCCUCACUUAAUUGUCGUCAUCUCUGACAAAACACUAACUAAUACAGAAAGCAAAUAGUUCAGCUGAGAUUGGUUGCAGUUCGCUUUAUCAUGGAACAGUACCUUGAUGUAAAUCUGAGUCUUUGUUGGUUUACUACAGGCCUUUCUUCUGUUUUAGAAGAGUGACAUGAGCACAGAUUUUAGACUGUAAAGAUAGCAACCAGUAUGUGCAUUCAUCCCAGUUACACUGCUCAUGAGCUGGUCACUUAAGUAACAGGAAAUGAGCAAUAAAAACAUUAUAUAGUCAUUAGGGUUCAAUCAGUUCACAAGUGUUAAGUUUUACCUUUUUAAUGUAGCAUGUUGGAUGUAUAAAAUUGCCACUAAAGGAUUAAUUCUGAGGCUUCACUGUUAAAUCACCCCUUUCACUCCAAAAUUAAGUGUUUGCCUUUUUAAGAAAAUAAUCUGCCCCUGACAAAAUAAUUAGUUAAAAAGGUGUCAUGGCAGUAAAGAAAGUUAUAGGUUACACGCUACAGUAUGUGUCUGUGGUUUUAAGGGUGGAGUCAUCUGUUUUCAUGAAAUAUUGAUGGAUGAAUCAGAGCUUAGUUUUUUUUUUUGUUUUUUUUUUUUGCUCACCGGAUAUAAAUAAUUAAUAAUAAUAAUAAAAUGAAAUCUGUCAAUUGUUCUUCUAAAGGGUCUGGUGUCCAACAAAUGCGAAGAACUGUAGCUAACCACAGCUGAAAUCUCACCCGUGCUAACUUAAAAAACAAAUGCUGGUGGUAUGAUACACAUCAGCUGAUAUCCAAUCCCGAUGCCAGUAUCUGCCAGUAGUAUCAAUGCGCUGUUACUUCAGUUAGGAACUAAUAACCAUCUAAGUCAUCUCUCUGUUCAAAUUUUUCCUCAAAGCAAAGAGGGAGGAAACAAGCAUGCCAUUUUCAGAUGCAAAUGUUCAGAGUUAAGCUAGAAACUGAUCUGUGCACUGCCAUGACUUGCUGUUCUUAUAUCUAGAUGUCAUUUAUUAAUGGCAUUAGUUAGGAAGGUAGAAAUAAUUUAAAUUUCUUUUUUUUUUCUCACAUGUAGCUUCCAGAUCAAAGUCUUACCUGUUGUUUUGAAAUUAAUUUAAAUGUGUCUGUAAAUUCUGUACAAUGUCCCUUUUGUCAAAUCCACCUUGUAUUACACAGAUUCAUUUGUACUUAUGUUAUAUCUUGUUUGAUGUAACAUAUUUCUCAGUAUUUUAUAGUGACAAACUUUUAACAACAGUUCUUGCAAAGUUCUUGUGAUGAUACUGUUAUAUUAGAUAUGCAGCUGGUGUUUGAAAGGAUUGUAUUUUCUGAUCAAAUCUUUUGGGAAUCAUUAAACAUGGGCUUUAUUUGGCCUCCAUUUUCAAUGA